AUGCCGCGUGAUAUCCCCGCUACCAAGGGUGUCUACCUGCUCGAGCGUGUAACCAACAAAGAAAUCAACUUGGAGAAUAUCGACGAGGAAAUGCGAAUGGAGCAGGUCCGUCAGGCGGGCGCCAAACUUGAUUGGGCAUCGUUCGGACAGGCAGUUCGCCGCAAUUUGCAGGAGAAACGGAAUACGAUUGAUGCCGACGGACGCAUCGAUGUGCUGAAGAGUCUCGCCUUUAUGAAGACAAAACUGCCAAUUGAGGCAGACGCACCAAUGGAGGAAAAAAUCCGAAUCUUGGCAGAAAGCUUGGGAUGUACACAUGUCAGAACCACCCGCGGCUGGACCAUCACCAAACCCGAAGAGCUCAACGUGGACCUAACAAUCAAGAACGGAGAAGUCGACACCGUUGUUCUGAGUUUCUGGGAAGAGGCCGCUUUCUAUUCUGGCGAAGCGACAAAAAUGCUUCACAAAGGAGAGUGGAGCGAGCUUCGUGACAGACUAGCUAGCAUGCUCGCUGUGUACAACAAGGAUCUGGAUAGAAACGACAGAAAAACCUGCAAAGCUGCAAUGGACGUGCUUGGAUCUAUGCUCAAAACAAUGAAUGCGGAUGAGAUGUACACAUCGAUUCAGAACAACAAUUAUGGGUACUAUCUCCAUCGCUCAGAUUUGCGUCAGGGACGGCUCUACUACAAUGUUGAACCUCUCUAUCGUCGUGUCCGCUCGAAACAUCACACGUAUAGCUUGCAGAAAGAGGAUUGGGAUAUUCUUCCAUUCUUUGAGUUCUCGUUUGUCCCAAGCGACAGUGUCCACGCUUUUCCAGAGCAUAAUCCGUAUGGCGAAUGGAAGGAAACAGGGUCGGCCAAGGCUGCAGUCUGCUUGAAACUGUCAAAAGGUGUCCUCGUCAGCGAGCCAACUCGCAGAAAGCUUCACGAGAUUAGUGCAAGAUCUACCACAAUCCAAUGCUACACCAACUGCUACCGUUACUUGACUGGAAGUGUUCUCAUCAAGGAUAACCUCAAAAUGAUCACCCAAUUCCCUGGCGAAUGCACUCAACAUCACUACACCAUUGAUAGAUCUUCAUUCACUAGCGAAGGGGACUCAGUGAUCACUGAGAUUUAUUUGAAGCGCCUUCAAGACUUCCACAAAGUCAUCGAGAUUCUCCGCAAGGAAGCCAUGCAUAUCAGCAUUUGGGAAUCUGUCUUGGCGGAUUGCUAUGAGCUGCAAGGUCUUGAGGAACGUGUGGUUCCGGCAAUCAACAUGUUUGUGAAUUUGUCCAGAGACAUGAUCACGGUCAGAUUUAUGACCAAGUACGCGCCCAUCAGAGUUUGCAUUCGGGAUGGUGUUUGGAUCGAGGCCAAGGUCGAGGUGGUGAAUGAUCAGACUGGAGCAAAAGUUGCAGAUCGUGUCGAUGAGCUUCUGACUCGCAAGCUGAAUGAGACAUGGAGCAUCCCAAUCAUGCUCACUUUUGCCGUUUCUGGAGAGGACUGUGCCUUGGAGCAAAUGAAGGUUCCACUACGCGAGGAGAACCCGGAAACCAAACUUCCAACACCAACCAAAAUUAUUGUCCACAAAAACUAA